AUGAAUCCUAAUAGGAAUGGAAAAGUUGAUUCUUCUACUGCUCGGCCUGCCUUGCCUUCUUUGUCUGCAGAACUGAUUUUAUUAGAGCCUUAUAAUUAUCUCUUGUCUCAUCCUGGAAAAGAAAUGAGAAGCAAGUUAAUCGAGGCUUUCGACCAUUGGCUUAAUGUACCCAAAGAUAAAUUAUCCGCUAUUACCGCUGUGGUUGAAAUGUUGCAUACUGCUAGUUUAUUAAUGGAUGAUGUAGAAGACGGUUCUGUUUUACGCCGUGGUGUUCCUGGUGACUUUUAUAUCUUGUUAAUUUUACAUAAUAACUUUAUAAAUAACCCUCACUUUAUUAUAGUUGCUCAUUCAAUAUACGGUGUGCCUGCAACUAUAAAUUGUGCGAACUACGUUUAUUUCCUUGUUUUACAUGAACUUACAAAAUUUGAUAAUCCAAAAAUGCUCAAGAUUUAUACAUCUGAAUUACUAAAUUUGCAUCGUGGUCAAGGAAUGGAAUUAUACUGGAGAGAUACAUUGACAUGCCCUUCGGAAGCUGAAUUCAUUGAUAUGGUUUCAAAUAAAACUGGUGGUCUGUUAAGAUUGGCUGUUAGACUUAUGCAACAGUGUAGUGAGUCAAAAACUGAUUACGUACCACUUGUAGAUGAUAUUGGCAUCCAUUUUCAAAUUCGUGAUGAUUACAUGAAUUUAAAAUCUAAAAUGUAUACUGACAGCAAAGGUUAUUGUGAAGACUUAACAGAAGGAAAAUUCUCUUUCCCUAUUAUACAUUCAAUUAAUACUGAUCAUAAUGAUCGAAGACUAAUCAAUAUUUUGAAGCAGCAUACAAAUUCUAUUGAGUUAAAGCAAUUUGCUGUCAAUAUAAUGAAUGAAACUGGUUCUUUUGAAUAUACCCGUAAUUAUUUAGAAAAGACUGAAAAAAUGGUACGAGAAAAAAUUGAAAAAUUAGGUGGAAAUAUUAUAUUGGAAAAAAUAAUGAAUCUUUUAAGGAUUGAUUUGUGA